AUGCAACGCUGCCCGGGCUACCCCCAUCCGAACGUCAUCCGCUACUUUGAAGUCAUCGAUUGGAGAUCGAGAGGCGUGGUAAUCAUGGAGUUGGCGGCUGGUGGCAGCCUGUCAGACACCCUCUACGACGGCGUAAGUGCAGAGGGAGCAGUGGCUGGUGUUCGGACUCCACUGGGAGAUGCGCUGUUGGCGGAUGAAGCCCUGGCCAAGAAACUCUACGGCCAAUUGGCUGCUGGAUUCCAGUGGCUUGGACAAUGUGGCGUGGUACACAAGGAUCUCAAGCCUGACAACAUCAUGUUGACGAAGCCUUUUCUGCAAGGCGGCAUCAUCAAGAUCAUCGACUUUGGUUUGGCCUCCUUGACCAGUGACCAAAGAGCAGGAAGCCUCGCGAACAUGUACUACAACCUCCACCAGAAUGUGGACCCAAGAACCAACAAGAAAGGCACUCGCACUUUCGAUGACUUCGCCAUGGGUUUGAUUUUGGCCGAAAUCGGCACCGGCGUGCCACCUUUCUUCAACCCCAAAAACGAUUACUUCUCCAACAAGGGAAACCUUCAGAACCAGAAAGGGAUCUUCUACAUCUUGCAGCCCAAGAAGGUGUGUUCAGCUGGAGAUGCCGGAAUUUUUCAGCCCAAGAGAGAUCUGGCAUUGGGCAAGGUGUCCAUCGACGCGGCAGUGAAGGAAGUCGUGGGACGAUCGUUGUACUACAAUCAAAAUGGACGCCACUUUGUCUACAACAGCGCGGUGGAGCAAGGUAUCGGCAAUGUGCAACUCCUGAAGCAGUCCUGGCUCUACAACUCCCCGGCAGCAAAGUCCCUUUUGCACUCCUUGCUGGCGGGCAGAGAGGACGACCGCAUUGAACCUUCGACUUUGAUGUCUGCCGAGUGGCUAUCAGAUGUCCGUGCCAUGCCAAGUCCCGAGACUCCUGUUGCGGAGAUGCCUCUGCAACCUCCGGUGGAGGCCCGCAGGUAUCUCCGGAUAAAGAUAUCAGGAUAUCCGCACAUCUAG